AUGUCUACUACUGGUGGUACUCGUGAGUUAAUAUCUGCUGCUGUUGGUGGCUUUGGUUGCACUCGCGAGUUUAAAUCUGCUGCUGGUGGCUUUGGUGGCACUCGUGAAUCAAUGUCUACUACUGGUGGUACUCGCGAGUUAAUAUCUGCUGCUGUUGGUGGCUUUGGUGGCACUCGCGAGUUUAAAUCUGCUGGUGGUGGCUUUGGUGGCACUCGUGAAUCAAUGUCUACUACUAGUGGUACUCGUGAGUUAAUAUCUGCUGCUGUUGGUGGCACUCGCGAGUUUAAAUCUGCUGCUGGUGGCUUUGGUGGUACUCGUGAAUCAAUGUCUACUACUGGUGGUACUCGCGAGUUAAUAUCUGCUGCUGUUGGUGGCUUUGGUGGCACUCGCGAGUUUAAAUCUGCUGGUGGUGGCUUUGGUGGCACUCGUGAAUCAAUGUCUACUACUGGUGGUACUCGUGAGUUAAUAUCUGCUGCUGUUGGUGGCACUCGCGAGUUUAAAUCUGCUGCUGGUGGCUUUGGUGGUACUCGUGAAUCAAUGUCUACUACUGGUGGUGCUCGCGAUUAA